AUGGAUGAGGUGGCAGUUGUAGCGGCGACGGUGGUAGUGGGUGGAGACGGCGGCGAGUGGAGACGACGACAGGUGGUGACAACGGUGGUGGUAGUGGGUGACGGUGAAGGUGGGUGGCAGCGGUGGCCAGAGGUGGUAGCGGUGGCGACGGUGGUGGCAGGUGGUAGCGGUGGUGGCGGUGCGUGGUGGUGGUUGAUAGCGAUGACGGAGGUGGGUGGCGAUGGCAGCGGUGAUCGGAGGUGGCAGCGGCGAUGUGGCGGUGAUCGGAGGUGGCAACGACGAUGGUGGUGGCGGUGGCGGGGAUGGAGGUGGGUGGCGGCAACGAUGGUGGCAGGUGACGGCGGUGGCGGGUGGCGGCGAAGGCGGGUGACGGCGGCGGAUGACAGUGGUGGUGGGUGGUGGCAACGGUAG